AUGGUAGGAAGAAAUUUUACUGUUGUAGUGGAAUUUAUCCUUCUGGGAUUUUCUGACCUACCUAAAAUCCAAGGGGUUCUGUUUGGAAUUUUCUUAAUCAUGUACAUGACUAUUCUGCUAGGAAAUACUCUCAUCAUAAUAAUAACCAAGACUGAUCCGAGCCUACAAACACCCAUGUAUUUUUUCCUUGGAAAUUUUUCCUUUUUGGAAAUAUGCUACACAUCAGUUACUCUCCCAAGAAUGAUGAUGAACCUAUGGACCAAGAAAAGAAACAUUUCUUUCUUAAACUGUGCUUUACAGCUUUGCUUCCUACUUAUGCUAGGAGGUGCUGAGUGUUUGCUCCUGGCUGUGAUGGCAUAUGACCGUUAUGUGGCGAUUUGUAAGCCACUCUAUUAUUCUCUCAUCAUGAACUCCAAGGUGUGCAUCCAACUGGUUGUUGCCUCAUGGAUCAGUGCAAUGCCAAUUGUGAUAGGACAGACAUACCAGAUUUUCUCUCUACCCUUUUGUGGUUCUAAUAAACUCAAUCAUCUUUUCUGUGAUAUGCCUCCAUUACUGAAGUUGGCCUGUGGAGAUAAGUUUAUGAAUGAGUUCUCUAUCUAUGCUGAUGCUGUAGUGUUUGCUAUGGUUCCAUUUCUUUUGAUCCUUGGGUCCUAUAUCAAAAUCAUCACCACCAUUCUGGAAAUGCCAUCAACCACUGGGAGGUAUAAAGCCUUUUCCACUUGCUCUUCCCAUCUCAUAGUUGUAGCCUUAUUCUUUGGGUCUGCUAUCAUUACAUAUUCAAUACCCAAGUCCAAUAAUAUGUCAGGCAUGGAUAAAGUGCUUUCUCUUUUCUAUACCAUUGUGAUACCAAUGUUUAACCCCAUGAUAUAUAGCUUGAGGAAUAAGGAUGUCAUUGCUGCACUAAAAAAAAUAUUACCUAAAUGA